AUGACUUUGAAGCUUCAUUCAAGCGUGACUCUUCAAUCGUUGAAUAUUCUGCAUAAUCACCUCAAACUAAUUAAGGUGGAACUGCAUGAAGACGAGAGGAUUAAAAUCAAGUUGUUCAAAGCGAGAGUAAUUUUCAAUUAUGAAGCAGAAAUCAAAGAUAAAAGCGAACAUGAACACACGAGCAAAUAG